AUGUCAAGAAAAAGAGACAAUUCAGGUUCAAGGAGAGACUGUCCCUAUUAGGUUCAUCAACAAUCAACAUCACCAUAAUAGAUCAACUAUGAAGACUCCCUUGCAGCUGAAUGUCUUAUUAGGAUUUUUAUGGAAAAAUGUAAUAUGGAGGACGCCAUUUUAAAAAUGGUAUUCAUCGGAGGAUCAAGAUCUAGAUCUCUUGUUAAGAAGGCUUAUGGCUUGCUAGAAGGAGAAAAAGGAUAGGUCUAACGAAGCGAUGGACUUCUGAGGCUGAGGAUGAAGGAAGUGGGAAUAAAUACAGAGGUAAAUAGAAAAUUGACAAAGUACUCUAUUAUGGGUGCUACACUGGUUACAUACCAAAGAUUUGGAUAAAUAAAUUUUGGGAGGAGAAAAGAUUCCUAAAAGAUUUUAAAUGGUAAUUUUAGGAACAACCAGUUUAUCAGAAUGAGCAAUCAAAAUUCAAAAGGAAGGACUAGUGAUCCAUAGAUGGGAUAAGUUCCCUGA